AAAAUAACUCGAAAACGGAAUUGUACCCUCCCGCCAAAUAUAACCCCUAAAAGUUUCCCGCUGAAAUCAAAACAAUUUCAACUCUCACUUUAGCCCAAAAGGGCCACACUGCGGAGCAAAACCCUAAACGUCACCAUUCCGCACAAACCCAAGCCAAAAACCAAACUACUUUCAGAAGAAGAAGCUAACCAAUUAGCCAUGAAGAUCAGAUCGAUCAAGCUCCGAGAAGCUCACAAGAACAGCAACGGCAACGGCUCCUUCUGCUCGAUCCUCUGGGACCUCCAGGCCCAGCACAUCGUCACCUCGUCUUCUUCGGACCCCUCGAUCUGCAUCCACGAUCCCCUCUUGCUUUCCAGCGCGCCCAGGAUUCUCCGCAACCACCGCGACGGCGUCACCUCCUUGGCUCUCAGCCCCAACUCCACCUGCCUCGCCUCCGGAUCCGUCGACCACUCCGUCAAGCUCUACAAGUUUCCAGGGGGAGAGUUCCAGACCAAUAUAACCAGAUUCACAUUGCCAAUUCGUGUCCUUGGUUUUAAUAAAUCUGGUAGCAUGUUGGCAGCUGCUGGUGAUGAUGAGGGCAUUAAACUUAUCAAUACCAUUGAUGGUUCCAUUGCCAGGGUCUUGAAAGGACAUAGAGGUUCUGUUACAGGUUUAGGUUUUGAUCCUAAAAGCGAAUACUUGGCUUCACUCGAUUCAGCUGGGACUGUAAUAGUUUGGGAACUUCAGUCUGGAAGAGCAUUACACACUCUCAAAGGCAUAGCUCCAGACACUGGUUUGGAUUUCUCUCUCAUGAAUAUAGUUUGCUGGAGUCCAGAUGGGGAGAUGCUAGCUGUCCCCGGUCUGAAAAAUGAUGUAGUGAUGUAUGAUAGAGACACAGCUGAAAAGCUUUUUUCCUUGAGAGGUGAUCACGUGCAACGCAUUUGUUUCUUGUCUUGGUCGCCCAAUGGGAAAUAUAUGGCCACUUCUGGUUUGGACAGGCAGGUCUUGAUCUGGGAUGUGGAUCAGAGGGUGGACAUUGACAGGCAGAAAUUUGAUGAUGUAAUAUGCUGUAUGGCCUGGAAACCAACUGGAAAUGCAUUGGCUGUUAUUGAUGCAAUGGGAAAAUAUGGUAUUUGGGAUUCGGCUGUUCCGUCUUCAAUGAAAUCUCCAACAGAGGGUAUUCCUGAUUUGCAAUCAAAGAACAGUAAUGGCCUCCUCUUUUUUGAUGAAGAGGAGGAGGAGGAACCCAAUAUAUCUGGUAGUUUAAGUGAUCUUGGUGAAGAUAGCCAUGGUGAAUCUCAACCAACAAGCAGAAAAAGAUUGAGAAAGCAGUCUUUUUCUGAUGUUGAUGAAGGGACUAGUGAUGAGUUGAACUUGCUUCCAAAGGAUGCAUCCCGGAAAAGGCCCUCUCAUAAUCAUAAGGAAAGAAUCAAAAAGAGAAAGGAUGUACAAAUGAGUACAACCACGUCAGUAGGGUCAAAGUUGCAGGAGGCUUUUCAACCAGGCUGUACUCCUACACAGCCAGGAAAAAGACGCUUUCUUUGUUACAAUAUGCUUGGAAGUAUAACCACAAUUGAACACGAUGGAUACUCCCAUAUAGAGAUUGAUUUUCAUGACACGGGAAGAGGCCCGCGAGUUCCCGCAAUGACUGAUUACUUUGGUUUUACAAUGGCUGCACUAAAUGAAAAUGGGAGUGUGUUUGCAAAUCCAUGCAAGGGUGAAAAGAGCAUGAGUACUCUCAUGUAUCGUCCCUUCAGCAGCUGGGCAAAUAACAGCGAGUGGUCUAUGCGCUUUGAAGACGAAGAAGUUGAGGUUGUGGCACUUGGCACUGCUUGGGUAGCUGCUGUUACAAGUCUUAAUUUUCUCCGCAUCUUUACUGAGGGUGGCUUGCAGAGAAAUGUUCUCUCUCUUGACGGGCCAGUGGUGACUGCAGUAGGUUUUGGGGAUGAACUAGCAGUUGUUACACAUGCUUCUCCUUCACUUCCAUCAAAUGACCAGAUGCUGGAAUUUAGAGUUUUCAACAUUCGUCACGGGACUCAACCCAUCAGAGGACGACUUCCAGUGACCCCUGGCUCAUAUCUGACAUGGUUUGGUUUCAGCGAAGAAGGCAAAAUAUGCACUUUUGAUUCUAAGGGUGUGCUUAGAGUGUUUACUGAUCAAUAUGGAGGCAGCUGGCUCCCAUUAUUCAGUUCUACGAAAGUAAGGAAGCCAGAGGAAAACCAUUGGGUCGUUGGAUUGAAUGCAAGCAAGUUGUUUUGUGUUGUUUGCAAAUCUCCUGAUACGUUCCCACAGGUCAUCCCCAAACCAGUUCUCAAUUUAAUGGAUCUUUCAUUUCCUCUCGCGUCUUCUGACCUGGGAGCAGAUAACCUUGAGAAUGAGUUUAUUUUACACAACCUGCAUCUCUCCCAGAUUAACAAAACAAUCGAAGAGAUGAUGUCCACCGGUCAGGACACAACUUCUCUUGAUGAUGAAGCUUUCAAAAUGGAAGCCUCUCUUGAUAGAUGCAUCUUCAAGCUUAUUGCAUCCUGCUGCAAUGGUGAUAAGCUUGUAAGGGCUACCGAACUUGUGAAACUUCUGUCAUUUGAAAAAUCUGUCAAAGGAGCAAUCGAGCUUGCAAAGAAUCUAAAGCUUCCAAAUUUGGCCGAGCGUUUCACCACCAUACAGGAGGAAAGGUUGCUAAAUGAAAGCAAAGCAGCUACAGCCUUCCCAGUCACAAAUUUGGGUUCUGAUACUUCACACAAAUCUGAUUUUGCGAUCCGCAAAUCCAUCUCCCCACUGGAAAGCAGUUACGAUUCAAAACCUGCUAUUCCAUCACCAUCACAAAAGUUGACUUCACCUCCAUUUAUGAAAAAAGGGAUAUCAGAAGCAGUAGCUAAAGCUGGGAAGGCCAAAGUAAAGCAGGGGCAAACUGCGAAUUUGGAAAACGUAGGAGAGGUAAAGAAUGAUGUUCAGUUGAAGAAUGCGGGUGAGGUGAAGAAUGUUGAGGUUAAGAAGACAGGGGAGGAGAACAAGUUGCAAACGUGCCCGUCUAAUUCUUUUGCCAAGUCAUCUGAUGUUCAGUUGCAAAAUGCGGGUGAGGUGAAGAAUGGUGAGGUUAAGAAGACAGGUGAGGCGAAAAAUCCUUUUGCCAAGUCAUCAAACAAGCAAGAAAAAUCUUCUUUAUUUGAUUCUCUAAAGAAGAAGAAUGUAAAAUGACAGCGGUGCCAUUCGAUGAAAUGGACCGGCUAGAACUCUACAAGUCAAGAAGCAUGCAUUUUCUUGUCUUACAAAUUGCUGUAUAUGGAGAAAUUCUACUCCACAGUUUAACAUAUCAGAGGCAUUAGUCUAAGUUAAAAAUUUCAAGCCUCUUGUUUCGCA